UGAGGGGAGAGGAGAAGGGGGAACUUGAGUGUCGUACGCAGUUGCACAAUGUUCCAUCUUCACGGCUCCAUCAGUGCACGCGCAGUAAAGCUCACGCAACAUCCACGCGUUUAGCGUUUCGGCUCGGUGCGCUCUCUCCAAAACAAUUAGCUAGAGGAUAGAAAAUAUCUUCUCGCAGCCUGGGACAGGAAUAUAAUGAAAGAAGGCAGCAGCGAUUUGGAGAUGUCAGAUUUUUUUGUUCAACAAGCACUUAUCUUCAUACCUGGAUCUGUCAUCAUCUUAAUUUAAUAGCUCAAUAGCCCUGAAUUCCUGAGCCAAUUUGUUUCUAUACUGAACGUCCAAAUGGAUAAAAAAAGGAAGAAUGAUUUACCUAUGCCAGCACCAGAGAGAGGAAGAGUGUAUGAGGGGACAGAGGGUAGAAAAAAAGUGAGAAAGACCAAAUCAGAUGAACUGGAUUUCUUCUCUGAAGGAACUGAUGGCUGCGAUAACCAGCUGCAGGAUUUAACAGUUAAAGAGGCUGACCAUUCAGAAGGUAAUAUGAAAGCAAAGAUUAGCCCUGGGGCAAAACGAACCAAGAAACCCCCAAAGAGCCUUGAGAACUUCAUAUGCCGACCUUCUGUUCGAGUGUUUCAGAGACCUGAACCUGUAAGGCAAAGUGUCUGCAAACGAAGAGAUGGUAUAAGUUCUAAAACUAGACGCUACAGUCAGUCAUGUCAUCCUGAACAGAAGAAAUGUAACACUGACUCUUUGGUAACAAAAGACAAUUCAGCUAUGACAAAUACUGAUCCAUCAGCACUUUCUCCGUCCUCUCUCAUACCUUCUAGUAUCAUGUGUCCUGCUUCAGACUCCCCUACCACAAGGGCAGCUAAAAAGGUUCUCCCAAAACAAACUAAGAAGACAGAUUUAAAGUCAGAUAUAACACUACAGGAAACCCCACAGUCAUCCAACAAACUGUCAGUUUCUCACAAGUUAAUGCUCAGUACUCACAUAAAGCAAACCUACUCCUGCAAAAAUCCUCCUGAUUCAAAUUCCACCUCUCAACAGGACUCCAGCCCACAAGAGUACAUUAAUGUUCUUAAUGAGGACAAGACACAGCAAGGUCAAGCCAGUCCAAGCCCCAGUUAUGGAAAUCCAAGUGAAACCAGUUUACAUACUGUGUCAUCCAAGCUAACAUCCUGUUUUCAAAGAAAUGUCUCAAAAUUCAAUGAAAGUAAUUCAGAAAUGCCUUCAAGUUUGCAUUUGAAAACAAAGAAGGGUGAGGGUUGUGCGGAUGACCCCAACCAUGCUGAUGUCAGAGAAGUAACUGAUGAAAAGAGUGAGCACCAAAAUGGCUCCACACAAGAGCCAAGUCCUUCUACCAAUGACCUGCCAGAACACCCCACCUCUUUCCAAGUAACUGAUUCCCCAUCCUCCAGUAAGUGCACUGACACCACAUCAGACCUGUCACAGAAUAGUAGAGGAAGCAAAGGACAGAACGAAAAUAAAGACAUAAAUUGGGCUUCAGAAAUAACCGUGAAGUCCCCCAGAAAUCCUGUACCUGAGCAUAAAAAUUAUGGCAGCACAAAUGGAUCGGCUAAUGAUGAGCACGGAAAGCAAGUCAAGCUUUGUACAAAUCAAGAGCAAAUUGGAGUACAUUGUUUGACUGACCCUAACAGCUCUGUCAGUUCUACACCAAAUCCUCAAGUAUCUCCUGCCCCAGUUAAACCUCUGAUGGAUGACUUAUCUUUAAACAGAAAGCAGGACAAAAAACUGUCAAAGAGACGACAGGUCAGAAGUCUUCGCAGCAAUAGGAUUGCAAACACAGCCAAUGAGAUAAACCAUAGUCCUGUUGCCUGUAAAGUACUACACAGUGGUUCACAAACUCUAUUCCAUAGUUCUUCAGAAUCACCUCAGUGUGAACAAAAUCCAGUUGGGCAACCUACCAAAUCAAAACCCUCUCAAAACGCAAAAAAUCGCAAUUCAGAAAUGUCAUCUUUAAAUAACCCACCAUCUAGGAAAAGGGGUAGACCAAAAACAAACAAAUCAGUAGUACAGUUUCAGGCAAAUAAUUCUCAAGUUUCUGUUGUUAAGCCUCCAAACGAUCAAAACCCAGAAGCCCUACAGCCGGAACUUGAUUUGAAGCAGACAAGGCCUAUGGUAAGAAAACGUGGGCGCCCCAAACAGUCUUUUUCUAUACAAGCACAGGAAACUCAGCCAGAAUUACUCUCUAAGAAACAGGACUCUGGAGACCUUCAUAUUACUUGCAAAGACAAAGCAAGAAACAUUCAAAAGUGCAAGAAAAGCAAGAGAGGAAUAAUGAAGACAAUCAUUGGAACGAUCAAUAAGAUGAAAGUGAAAGGGAAAGAUCAGGUGCUCACACAGAUUUUGUUGGGACAGAAGCAAUGCGACAGUAAAGAUAUUUCUCACCAAGGCACAGAAAGCGAUGUGUGCAGUCCAGAUUCUACUGCAACACACUCUUUAUCUUCCCUUGUAUCAUCUUUUGGAGGCAAACUUGGUUCUCAAAUUAAUGUUAGCAAAAGAGGAACUAUCUAUAUGGGAAAGAGGAGAGGUCGCAAACCAAAAUGUCUGACAACUUCCAAUAUUUCAUCCCAGAAAUCUCCACAGAUGUGCCCAGACAACCCCCAGUUUCCCCCCAAGUCUACUUUUGUGCAGCCAUCAUUAGAUACCCAGAGUAUUCCUGUAUCAGGCUCCUCUAGCACUCUUAAAAAUAUUGCCUCAUCUUCAUCAUCUGGGAGGAGUUCGCAGAUCAAUUUUAAUACCCCAAAAAUCAAAGCAACUUCCUUUAAACAACUCAGUGAACAUUCCCAGGCUCACUGUGAAGUCACUUUGACAUGUAACAGUGGAGAAGGAAUUAAAGAUAACACCACAUCAGACAGGGGCGAGAGAAAUAACAGGCUGGAUGAAGGUGUGGGAUUUUGCUCAGCACCAGCCACAGGUUCUGUAUUCACAAUGUCUGGUGUUCCUGGGAGUAACUCCUUUCAGGGUAGACCGAAGGCUCUUUCCUCCUUGCCUUCAGAGCGCAUUUUUUCUGCUCAUUUGCCAUUAGACUCUGGUAGGCCACAAGAUUCCAGUCCUUCUUUGACAUUCACAGACCAAGAGGCACAUAAGUUUAAAUGCCAUAGGAAAGGCCAUCACUGCCUUAGUCGAGAGAAGCUUAGAAGACAUAAAUAUAAAUGCAAGAAGAAGUAUAUGCAACUCAGGGCCAAAUGCCAGGACCCAGAAUUCCUUGCUGAUAUUGACGACUUAGUUGUCAGACUGAGCAAGAUCCGUAUUGUGCAGCGCAUCGCCCGAACCAAGCUUGGUGAUGAUGGUAACACAACUGGAAGAAAGACUGUAACAGGCAAAUGUCAAUCCUAUGAUCUUCAGUGCCUACAAGAAAAAGUUCACCCCCCAGCCAUGUUUCAAAUUAACCUUAGUGGGUACUAUUCGCCACAUUCUGCCCUACCCUGUGAACCCCUUCAUUAUGUUAGAAUGGCAAAUAUGAGAAGGAAACAUGGUUGCUCCUCUGAGCCAAGCGAACAAAUUGUUACACAUUUCCCUGUGAUGCACAAACUUGGAUACCCAUACCCAGGUGGUGGAUUUAUCCACCCAUCCUAUAAAGUACCAUUCACAACCACCUCACUUGGUUUUGGACUCUGUCGAGGAUACCCAACCAGUACAGCAUUAUAUCCACUCCCUUUUCCACCAUCAUAUCUGCACCACUAUUCUAAGAACCCUAUUAUAAGCCCGUCUAAGUUCCACAAGAAGAGGGCCAAGUUCCCAAGGCAAGACUCUGCUGUUUGGGGACAGAACACAUUUGGCGCAUAUCCUAGAAUGACCCCGCACUCCUCCUGUGACUGCUUCAACACAGACAGUGGGCAAAAACAGAAACAGAAAGAGAAAGGCAGAGGAAGACAGGAUAAACAUGGCAUGAUGACAGAAAGGCAGCAUGGAAAUGAUGCAUGUCUUUGGCUUAAUAAACUCACAAAAGACAAUGAAAAUUCAGGAAGCUGUUCAUUUAACUCCCCUUCUCCCUCCUCAGUUUUCUCACAAAUCCAACAGAAAGACAAAACCUUUAAUUUUACACGUUUAAGUCCAUCAAACUUGGGGCAGGGAAGAGAAGUAAGAUGGUCAGAGCAUCAGCCACCAUGGGGUCUUGGCAACAAAACCCUAAACCAGCCCUCUGAAUCACUUGAAAUCAAUUCAGUGGGCCAUGAGAAUAACACGAAAGCUCCAGAGACUAAUGGGAACUCAACAUCAGCUCAGCAGUUACAUAGGAAAACUCAAUCUUUCUUAAAACAGCCUACACUCAUUAGCAGUACACCAAGUCAAAAAAGGGUCACAAAGUCAAGAAAGAGCGAAGGACUGACUGGGGUCUCGAAUGUUCUAAAGGAACAAGCUAAGACAUCUGUGCAAGAGUUGUCUUCUGGAGAUAAGAGAACACCAGGUAUCGACCAGGCUGGUGGUUUCCCUAAAAAGCAUCAGUGCAGUGAUUCUUCAUCAUCCAGAGAACCAGAAAAGAUACCAAGGGAACCACAGAGGUUUAAAACCAAAAGGAGGCCUCUGAUUAAGAAUAAGUCUAAACAUGUUCGCCAAACCUCACCUCUUUUAAGGGAAGAGCAUUCACACCCAGCAGCCAGAAACACUCCUUCUACAAGUGCUAAAGUACAACAACAUCUCAAUUCACCAAAACAUCACAAUUCUGAGGGACUGGAGGUCACAGAUGGCAACGGAGUAAAGAGAAGAGGACCAGGACGACCAAGGAAGAGUCCCAAACUGUCUUCUCCACCAUCUUUACUUUCUGUUCCUGAGCUGUCCUCAUCCUUGACUAUGGAAGAGGCAGGAGAUGAAGACAAAGAUAACAGUGACACAGUGUUGGAAGUCAUUGAGCUUGUCAUUCACGGAGAGCAGAGAAGUGGGAAAAAAAGAAAAAUUGCUGAAAGUGUGGGAGAUGGAGAUCAGAAUCAGAAUGAAGAAAAAGAUGUGACUGAGACAUCUUCCACGCAUUUCCAUAUGUGCUCAACACCCAUUGGUCCAUCACCUAGCCAGGUUGAAGACAGCCAACCGGAGCAGGCCACUGCCUCACUACCCAAUAAGAAGUAUUUAUGGGCAGGGCUUUAUUCAGAUGUUUAUAAAACCGAAGACAUUCCUGAUCAGCCUCAUCAGCUAAACUUAGAGGAUCUAGAGUACAAUCCAGAGGAGCAUGAAUAUGGCCUCCUUCCUGCACCUCUACAUGUGGGAAAGUACCUAAGAGUGAAACGGAUCAACUUUCAGUUGCCCUAUGACAUCCACCGGCAAUGUGCACGCAACGAGCUAUUUGAAAAACCUGUUACUCUACCACAGGCAGCACCGUCAAACAGUACCUGUAACCCCCCAAACAGCAGUGUGCCUCAGUCCUGCUCUGACGAUUGCCUCAACACAACGCUCACCGAUGACGAGACUCAGUUCUGUGAUACGGGCUGUCACACACAUGUGUACGAGGAACACCAUCAGUGCCAUCAUCACCUCAAACAACAGGAGGAAAACAGUGACAAUGAGAACUUCCCCUCAACCUUAUCUAGUGAGGAGAGGAGUUUUGUAAUGAAACAUGGUGUCUUCCUGGUGAGAAACUACGAGAAGAUGAAGGCAAGACAGGCGUUUCUUCUGAGAGAGGGCGCAAGAGAGCAAGAGAAAGAAAAGGACGAGGACAAAGCAAGGAGCCAGAUUGAGGGUAGAGACCUUGGAGAGGAUCCAACCAUCAAGUCAGACAGGUGCCCGACUGAGCAGAGGUCAUCUUCUGAAGAAGGGGAGCAUGUAACAUUCCAAAGCAGAAAUCUCUCAAACACACUCCAAGAAAUCUGGGACAGGAUUGUUAGUUGCAAGGGAUCGUCUGGACAAACCCUUAGUGAUCCUCUGCUAAACCUGUGCUCUAGAAAAAGGUCCUAUUCUGCUCUGGUGGACCUCAACAUGGUCCAAAAGCAGCUCCAGUCAGGACACUAUGAGAGCCUGGCAGCCUUCCACUCGGACAUGCUGACUGUGUUCCACUGCGCAGAGAAAUACUACGGCUCUGAGUCUGCAGUCGGGCGUGAUGUGAGUCAGCUGAGGGCCAUAUACCACAGAGCUCACCAGGAAGCUUCAGCCCACAUCAGCAACUUCCUGUAAGGGAUAAGAAGCCACGCCCACACACAUACCUUCCAGGGCAUAUUGUGGUUGUGGUUGUGACCAUGGUAACACACAGGCAUGAUGGUUCUUCAAGAACAGGCAGACGAUGCCCUCCAAUACCAAAGACCUGUUGUGUGGUGCGCUUACACAGGCACUGAGCGUUAAACAGAGCCCUGCUGGAUGGGAUGCUUGCUGAGAAAAAGAUUAAGAUUCAGAGAUUCAUAUUUAUUCAAAAAGGGUGGACAUUUCACAGAGGAGAAAAAAAACACUUCUUCAUUCCAUUUUUCUUUCACUUUUAUAUCCUGUCAGUUGCCUUGUUCAGAUACGUCUUCAGUAUAAAAUAAAAUAAAAUAAAAAGCAUGGGGUGCAUGAAGCUAUGGGAACGGGAAAUGCUGAGGUAGUUAGUUCAACUUUGGCCAAGGACAUAAACAAUCAUACUAAAUAUAUUUUCAAAAUGUAUAUAAUUUUAAGUUUAUUAUUUAUAAUGUGUUUUUCUUUACAUUUGUAUAUACAUCAUUUGCCUUGCCAAUGACUGCACAUAGUACCAGUGAAAUAAUUUAAUGUGAGAUGUGCCUAGUAAUAAGCAAUAAUUGGAAAGCAAUAAGCUACUUUUUUUCAUUGUCACUAUACUACUUUUUAAACUCCUUUUAUGCUGCCCUCUAAAUUUACACACCAGCCUGAGAGGUGGUUUCCUAAUUACAUCAAACUUAAAUGAGGCUUAUUUCUUUAGUAGGGAGAAAUAAAGUAUGCUUUGGGAGGGGUUGGGACCCUUUCACUGUAAGAGCCAAAAAAACAAAAAACAAAGAAGCGUACAGUCCCACACUAAGCAUACCGUUUCUAAUGCACUCCCAAGAAAACAGUUCCCUUUUUUGUACAGUCUCCACAGUACUGGCAAAGCAAAAGUAUUUCUAUUUCCAGCUUUCUUUAUCCAUGCUAGCAUUUAUUGCUGGCUGGUUUCCAGUUUCCACCCGGGCCUGGUGCAAGCUUAUUUCCCAGAAUCAUUGCUUCUCAAAAUGUGUCUUUACAUUUGAUAUUUUCAGUGAGGCAUUUCAGUCAUUACAAAAAAGACACAGUCCCUGAGUUCUCACCAGAUGCACCAACUGUUUACUUUGCUAGCUGUGCUUUGUUUGAAAAAUGUUAAAUGUGUCCCAUUAAAUGAAGCUCUUAACAAAUGUAGGCAACUCCGAUGUGAAAGCCUUAAAAUACAUGAAAAUGGUAUAGUAUUUGAGUUUAAUUAUGUAUUUUAAUGAAAGAGGAGGGGAGGUUGAAAGGGAGUGAGAGAAAUAAUGCACAGCUCAUCAGCUUCCAUAACUAAAUGAAAAUCUUUCUCAGAUGUACAAAUGCAUCAUUUAUUUGUGCGCUUCCAGUCUGUGUUGUACAACAAUGUAAAUCUAUACUCAAAAAGUAAAACAGUUGCUACUAGGGUCCAAUUCUGUAGAAUAAACUAGCCCAGAAUCAAGUUUAUGACAUGGAAUUUGGUUCCUGCACAAGUGGCCCAUUAUGACUUCCAACUCAAAACAAUAGAGAGUGUCAUAAAUGUGUGGCGGCCUGGGGGGGGGUAAAACCCCAGUAGGAUGUCAUUAACUGAAUUCUGGAAAACUGCCAGUUGAGUUUUGGCUAAACUCUUUUUCAACAUUUUUCUGCCUAUAACAUACGGAAACUUUAAGAAGCCAUAAACAUAUUUAACCAAAACAGUUUAAGCUAAAUUGUUACACUACUGGUCAAACGUUUGGUCCCUUGUCUUAAAUGUUUCUCAUGAUCUGAAGGUGUAUGAUUAAAAGUCAGUGUUGUAGACAAAAAUAUCAUUGUGCCAACAUAUUCAUUUAUUUUUAUUAACAAAAAAAUUUUUAUUUUUUUAAGGGAUGACUUGCAGCGAAAUAUUCCAAAAAGCAGCCAACAACUGUCCAGCAUAGGUGGGAACUCCUUUAAUACUGCUUAAAAAGCAUAUUAGUGGGAUUCCUCAAGAAAUUGGUUGAGAAAAUGCCAAGAAUACAUUUCUGGAAAUUCUAGGCAAAUAGUGAGUCAACUUUGAAGAUGCUAAAAUACAAAAUUAUCUUGAUUUAUUUUGGAUUGUUUUAUCACAACAUAAUUCCCAUAGUUCCAUUUGUCUUAUUCCAGAGUUUUGAUGACUUUAUUAUUAUUGUAAAAUGGGGGGGGGGGGGGGGGGGGGGGUGUAAAAAUAAAGAAUGAAUUUUUCUAAACUUUUGACCGGUAGUGUAUUUACUUCUGUCUUUCUGCAAGAUGUAGGAUACCAGUUUAACAAAUGCAGUUAGUCUGCCUAAAGAUGUCUAAAAGCUUGCUUGUUACAUGUUAUUUCCUCACAUGUUGAAUGUCAGGCUUUGAUCAAUUUGUUAGAGAGCUAUGUGCCAUAAUGAAAUGGACAUAAACAUAAUCAAUUCAGUUUUCCCAGGCGACCACACAUAAUGGCUCAAGAGUCCUAGGUUCCCUACUCCUUAUCUAUUAUGUAGUGGCCACUCAGGAGCUUUUGGUUGAACUGUUUAGGGUUUGUGUUUGGUCUUAAUAAAUGCCUCAUUUAUUUCUG